GGAUUUUAGGCACUCCCUCCUUUUAUUAAGAGACAAUUUUUUUUUGUACUCUUAGUACUUUACCCCAAAAUAUUUUAUAUUAUUAAAAUAUUUUAGGGAAAAAUUACUAGCAUAAUUUUCUCUAGAAUGCUCUUUGUAGUUCGUGUGUCUCAACUAGAGGUCAUAUUCUUUUGUAGCUAGCUCUUGGACCAAUCUCUCCAGUCUACACAGUGUUACUUGUUCGCCAAGAAAGGUUACUUCUUGUUACCUGAGCAUUUCCGAUCCAGCCAAUUUUGUAGUGGUGCAUGGAUCGGUUUUCUCGCGUGCAUUGAGAGAUGUGGUGCACGAUGUUCCCCACCUUCCGCGCUAGUUCAAGACCUCUGUGACCUUGAUGAUACCGUGUAUGGGUGAUUUCUCCACACCUUGUUCUACUGAGCACAUGGAGACAGUAGCUGAUUGUGAGGGGAGUUCCCAAUAUUCGCCAAACUUUUGUUGAAUAUAUCAAUCCAAGUCAUUUUAUUGGAGCGUCCAUCUGUUCGGCCUUUUUCAUGCAACGAAGGAAAUUUUGAGGAAAGUUUCCUUUCUUCGUUGCAAGCAAAUUGGCGAAGAAGGAAGGCAUGGAAUUCGCGAUUUCAUACAUCUAUUCUGUGACAAAGGAAGGAAGAGGGGAGAUGGCGUUGACGAUGGAAGGAAGAGGGGAGAUGGCGAGUCACUUGGAAAACCCUAAAAAUCCCCCCAAGCUAAACCCCAACUGGGUUGAGCUAUGUCAAGAAGCCGACCUUAAAUUGGAAAACCGGGAAUCGAAAUCAGAUGCCUAGAAUACCGUAUUGGGGAAACAAAAAGAUAGGCCUCAUGAAGAAGUUGGUGACUCUCAGCCCAACCCUUUGGAGCCUACAUCCUCUGAUUUCAGGGAUGGAAGAGGAGAUAGUGUGGAGGAGCUGGAAAUUGUGGGAGAAGUCGUCUUACAAGAUUCGCAGUAGUGAAACCAGAAGCUCUUUUUUGAUUUCAUCACAUCCCGAUGGAUUCCCAGAUGAUUAGGGUGUUCUUAAUCAGUAUUUAAAGGGGAAGGGUGCACUCAGUCCAUUAGAAGCUAUCAAUUUGGAUAUGGACAUUGCUUGGUAUUUUGAGUUUGGUUCCAAGGACACCUUUAAGAAUGAAGAUUUGUCUCAUGUUCUCUUUGUUUUUCCAAGUUUAUGGGUUGAACCUGAAAACAAUAAGUAUGGAGCCAAUGCAGCAUGUAUUUUGGUGACAACCAGAGUCAACAAGAUUGAGAAUUGGAUAACCAGAGCACAAUAUGCAUUUGGUUGGUGAAUGAGACUUCUCAAACUUUGCCUUCUUAGAGGUGGCCUUUGGUUUUGCUACUAACAUGACUGCCACUUGACUCCAAAUGUAAGUUCAGAAUUAUUAGAUCCCCACUAAAAAACAAUUACCAAUUGAAAGAGUAACAGAUAAUCUAUUAGUCUUU